AUGGCCUGCCGCCAGCUCAUGGCUGGCCAAAGAUAUGACAGCUGUAUCCAAAUGGAGCCCAUGGUGCAGGCCUGUGUGUCUACGGAUGUUUUUGCACAGGUCUUGGUGUCCUUCCUCUGGCUGUGCUGUGACCUGUUGGGCAAGAGGCUAGGCCGCUCCCCCCACAUCAGCAGUGACUGCCCAUUGGAGAAAAAGGCACGAAGCAAGUCGCCCCAAGAGACUCUGUUGCUGCCAGAACUAGGGCCCAGCAUGGCCCCUGAGGAUCACUACCGCCGGCUUGUGUCUGCCCUGAGUGAGGCCAGCACCUUUGAGGACCCCCAGCGUCUCUACCACCUGGGCCUCCCCAGCCAUGAUCUCCUGAGGGUCCGGCAGGAGGUGGCGGCAGCAGCUGUGAGGAGCCCCAGUGGCCUGGAAGUCCACCUGCCCUCAUCCACGGCAGGUCAGCGUCGAAAGCAGGGCCUGGCUCAGCACCGAGAGGGCACCGUGCCAGCUGGCACCCCAUCCUUCUCAGAGAGGGAGCUGUCGCAGCCGCCCCCCUUGCUGUCACCCCAGAAUGCCCCGCACAUCGCCCUGGGUCCUCACCUCAGGCCCCCCUUUUUGGGGGUGCCCUCGGCUCUUUGCCAGACCCCAGGUUACGGGUUCCUGCCCCCUGCCCAGGCGGAGAUGCUGGCCCGGCAGCAGGAGCUCCUGCGAAAGCAGAACCUGGCCCGGCUGGAGAUGUCGGCAGAGCUGCUGCGUCAGAAGGAGCUGGAGAGCGCGCACCGGCCUCAGCUGCUGGCGCCCGAAGCCGCCCUGCGCCCGUCUGAGGGCGCCGAAGAGUUGCAGCGGCGCGGGGCCAUGCUGGUGCUGAGACACAGCUCCGCGCCGCUGCUGGCCCUGCCCCCCCAGGGACCCCCAGGCCCCGGCCCACCCACCCCUCCCCGGGAGCCUGUCCGCCGAGCCCUUCGGAAGGGGGGCCCCAGCCCCGCCUCAGCCCACUCCAGUGAGUCCAAGGAGACCACGGGGGCUGGGCUCUGGGCACAAGAUGGCUCUGAGGAUGAGCCCCCCAAGGAUUCAGAAGGAGAGGACCCUGAGAUGGUGGCUGCUGGGGGCCAGGGCCCCAACCUGGGCCAAGCCCCAACUGGAGGGGCCAGCCCUGAGGGGAAGGGGCUUCUCUCAGGGUCCAUGCUGCCCCCUCCACUGCCCCUGGGCUUACCCUACGCCGUCAGCCCCUACUUCCACACAGGCACCAUGGGGGGACUCUUCAUGGAUGGGGAGGAGGCCACAGCCCCUGAGGACCUCAGCAAGUGGACAGUGGACGAUGUCUGCAGCUUUGUGGGGGGCCUGUCUGGCUGUGGAGAAUAUGCACCGGUAUUCAGAGAACAGGGGAUCGACGGGGAGACCUUGCCCCUGCUGACCGAGGAGCACCUCCUGACCACCAUGGGGCUGAAGCUAGGGCCUGCUCUCAAGAUCCGGGCCCAGGUGGCCAAGCGCCUAGGCCGAGUCUUCUACAUGGCCAGCUUCCCUGUGGCUCUGCCGCUGCAGCCACCGACGCUGCGGGCCCCAGAGCGGGAGCUCACCUCUGGGGAGCAGCCCCUGUCCCCAACAAUGGCCCCCUCCCCCUAUGGGGGGGGGCACCCCCCUGCUGGCCGGGCCUCACCCAAGCAAGAGAAUGGAACUGUGGCUCUGCUCCCCGGCCCCGCAGAGCCCCCCCAGCCUCUGUGCUGAGCUGGUGGGUGAGCCACCCUGACCCCUAAGUCCUUUAGUGCCAGCAGCUGAUGCAGAAGACCCCACCCCACAGCUUACUUGCGUUUUGGAUUUGGAUGCAGAAACACAAGGAAUUUUUAAAAGGAAAAUGUGACUUAAGAGGAAAAGAGUUUUCAGAACUUUCUGGGGUGCCAGUACAGCCAGGUGCAGACAGCCUGGGGACCCAAACCUGAGCCCAGGCACGGGCACUCUGCAUCCUGGGUGCCUGCAGACAAACCACAGAAUGACAGAGGAGGCACGUCAUGCCACACUGGCCGCGGCCGUGCCUGCUCGCUCUGUCUAGCACUGGGACUGCUCCUUGCGAGGCUUUCGCAUCCUGCCAUUGGGGGCAAGAGGUCGGGGCAGAGUCCCACUCCAGACCAGCUUCUCGCACAGGCUUGAUGUAUCUAACCCAACACUGUGGGGCGCAGCAGUAGACGGCCCCCACGGUGCUGGUUUCCAUCCCCACGGCCACUACUCCAGGGAUCUGUGCAGGGCUCGGUACUUUCUGGUCUCUCAUGUUGUAAAAAUAAAGCCCCAUCCACCAUCUACUGCCCUUCCCCCCGCAGCAUGGGCCCUGACCUCCAGGCUCAGGGCCAGCCAAGAAGCUACAAGCCCAACUGCCUGGUGAGGUGGGAGCACUGCACAGCAGUCCCCACAGGUCCCCAGGCUGGCAGCCCUCAGUCCUCCUCAGAGAGCUGCAGAUCCUGCAACUCAUCCUCUGGUCCCUGGGCCAGCUGCCACAGCUCCCGAAGGUCCAGGCCCGCUUCUGUGUCUGGGCCUCCAUCUGCAGGGAGAGACCAAGGCAACAUAAAUUCUGCUUUAUCAGGAAGAAGCCAGCCUUGGAGAUUCCUCAUCACUAAUUAAUCACAGCCCUAAUUAAUUUAUUGGUGCCACUGUUACUGGCUGCCAGAACCAGCGGGAACACAGCAGCUGGCCUGGCAUCCCAAGGAGGGGUGUGGGCCCAGCUUAGAGCCAUCCUCCCACCCGAUGGCCCAGCCUGCCCAUGCACCCACGCCCAUGACAGCCUUGGGCUCCUGGACAGAUAGGCUCAAAGGGCCACAGCACUACCCCUCACCCCCAGGAACCACUUACCUUUUGAACUGCCGACUUCUUCCUGGCUGCCAUCCUCCUCCUCCUCCUCCUCCUCUACCCUCUGCCAAGCUCUUGGGGACCCAGGCAUCCCUGGGGACCAAGGAGAAGAGCCCAUGGGAGUGGGCCUGCCAGCAAAUGCACACUGGGGGAAGCUAAUGCAGGAAGGUGGGCCAGGCUCACAACCCCACACCCACCCACCUUUCCCUCAGGCCCCCUUGGGGCAGGUGGAGAGGGCUCCCAAGUGCCCAGCAAGGAGUGGGAGCGAGGGAACAAGGUCUGGGGACACGUGUUCCAAUUCCAGGAGGCCCUCACCUCAGAGCAAGCAGAGCGGUAAGGUGGGAGCCGGCACCCCCUUCUGGUUCCAUGAGGUGUCUGAGGAAGCCUUCCAGGUCCACCUUCCCCUUCCCCACAGGGAGCUCAGGCCCCUACCUCUCUCUGAGAAGUCCAUGGUACUAUCUUCCUCAUCACUGUCCAGGUCAAAGAGAUCUUUAAAUUCCACUCUGUCUUCAUUCUUGUCUCCUACCUUCCGCCGCUUUAUCUCUGGCAAGUUCAAAUCUUCCAGCUGGAAGGACCCGGAAUCAGAGCAGGAGGUGAGGGUGGUCAGGUGGCUCUGAGAGCCCACCGAGGCCUGGUCCCCAACCUGCCCUGUCUCAGCCCUGGGCCCCACCCUCCACCUAAAGGCUUAGCCCACAGCCACAGCUAGGUCACAUCGUGCGUCACGCAACAAGAACCCUGACCACAGUCACUGUCUCCCUCUCCCUCACAUUCCCAAAGACAGGCUUUAUCCAAACCCAGUGCCCCAUUCCCUCCUCCGUUGCCCUUCAAGCUUCGCCUCCCAACCAGUCUUCCACGCCAAGACUCUGCUUGGCCACUUUUUCUAGCCAACUCUCGGUCAGCAUCACUGGAGAGGACUCCUGGACAGCCGCCCUGCCAGGCAGGUGAGGAGGCCCCAGCCACACACUGGCCACCAAGUGCCAUCAAAGGUAGAAUCACACCCACUGGCUGGAGGCCCAGCUGCAGCCCCUCACCUCUCUGUCUCCAACCUUCAACCAUCAAUCCCAGAAACGACAGCAGACCCAUGACGACAUGAGCCCAAGGACACAGACAGAGGCAUGCCACUUAGCAUGUGCCCUCAAGUCACACCAUCCCACACCCACUGGCCAGGCCCAGACUCAGAGCAUAGCCCCUCCUGUGCCUCCUGCCGAUCCUCUGGUGUCCAAGGUCAGUCUAGCCACUCCCUCCUCCAAAAUCCCCAGCCAGUCUGGCCUCCAGGGACUCCUCCUGAAGGUCGUAAGAGAAGCCCUGAUUACCCAGUUCUGCAUGACGGCUGCCCCUUCAGAGCGGCCACAGGACAGGCUGCAGCUGCGAACAGGCCCCAGCCAUCCUGCUGACAUUGUCCCUGGGACUGUCCCCUCCCACAAGCCCCCUUCCCCACUCUGAUCUUAAAGUCACAGCCAGGGAGCUGGAUCCUUGUCUCAGAACAAACCAGGUGGUCAUGCCUGCCCAUAUCCCCCCCUACCCGCCCCCCAGCAAACGUCCCCUGCAGACAUACACGCUCUUUGCCACUGAUCUCCAGCUGGAUCUCUCGCUCCCUCAGCUUCCGCCACUGGCUAUAGUACUUGCUGAGAGGGGUCCCUUCCUCUCGGGUCUGCUUCUCCCAGGCAUCCUGUGGGGAGAGGUCCAGGAUCAUGUCCCAUCCUGGGCAAACCUCCAAAGCCCAGCCCUGCACUGACUAGUACGCUCAGGCAGUGCCACCCGCCCAGCCACCCUCCCGGGCUCCCAACUGACCACCGCGUGCUGGUCGGCCACACCGAAGGAGGCCCCCUGGCGGCGGCUGCAGAUGUACCCUGCAUUCUCCUGCACCUUCUCCAGCAGCUGCUGCAGCUGCCGGCAGUAGUUGGCCACCUUGCAUUCCCGGAGGAAGGACUUCAGCUGCAGAAGGAAGAGCGGCUCAGCCAGGGUCCAGACACAGGCCUGCCCUGCACCCCACAAUCUGUCUGGGUCACACAUGACCACAGGGAGGUGGUGGGGGAGCAGGGAACAUGGGUUCAUGUGUCUCGCAGCCCAAGUGCACAAGUCUGGCCCUGGGGAGCCCUAGUGCACACAGCUGGGGAGUGAGGCCCAAGUGCACACACCAGACUGUGGGGAAGGGGGCGCUGCAUGACCGCUGUUGCCGGGGCCUACGGGGACUGGAGAGCAGAUGGCCCAUCCCAUAGGCCAGGCAGAGGCACGGAGGCCGCAGUGGGGCAGCAUGGAUCUACCCUCCAGAUCAAAUCCCACCCUCAGCCUGUCUCUGUAAAUAAAGUUGUAUUGGUACAUGUCCACACUCAUUCA